UACAAUCAGGAAAUACCGAAUGGAUGUAUACCUUUAUUCAUGUCCAUACAGGAAAAAAAGUGCUGGCUAAAUUGAAAAUCAUUCACACUGACCACACAGAUGGAUUCCACUAUGUAAGUAAAGCAAAAUCAAGCCUCAAGGCCUCUAUCCAAUUAAAGCAGAAAUUGACUGCUACACUGCGCGUGAUAUACAGCAGGUAGACCGGCGCGUUAGAGAAACCAUAUCCUUUGAUCUCUAUAUGACUAUAUCCUGUCCAUCUAUCUGAGGUACCAAAAACCAGAAGCAAAAACCAGAAACCCUUACUCAUCAUCAUCACUUUCCAUCUUCCCCAACUCCAUCGAUCCCCAAGAACGAGACCAACAGAAACAAAUCUUCAUCCUCACACCAAAUAGUAAUCACACCAAAACCCAGCGCGAUUCUAUUACAUCUUAAUCAAAAUGAGGAACCCAUCUUCGGCUUCAUCCUCGUACAAAGGAAAAUCAUCAUCAUCAUCAUCACCAGCAGCAGCAGCUGUAUCGUCUUCCUCGAGCAAGACGCCGUGCUGCGUCAAGGUGGGUCUGAAGAGAGGUCCCUGGACUCCCGAGGAAGAUGAGCUCUUAGCCAAUUACAUCAACAAAGAAGGCGAGGGCCACUGGCGAACCCUCCCGAAGCGCGCCGGCCUCCUCCGCUGCGGCAAGAGCUGCCGCCUCCGCUGGAUGAACUACCUCCGACCUUCCGUCAAGCGCGGCCAGAUCGCCUCCGAUGAAGAAGAUCUCAUCCUACGUCUCCACCGUCUCCUCGGCAAUAGAUGGUCUCUGAUUGCUGGGAGGAUACCGGGGCGUACGGACAAUGAGAUAAAGAAUUACUGGAACACUCACCUGAGUAAGAAGCUGAUCAGUCAGGGCAUAGAUCCAAGAACCCACAAGCCCCUCAAUCCAGAUACUUCUCCUGCUGACCAUGCUGCUGUCAAUGUUAAUGGAGCUUUUUCUUGCAAGACCAAUCAGCAUCACGGCGAUACGAGCUCAGACCCUAACCCUAAAAGUCCAAUUACUUCUUCAUCACUUGAGGAAGCAGCUCCAAGUGCUCCCAGUGCUAAGGGAACUGGGUACCUUGUUAGCAAUGAUGAUCUGGGGGUUAUAGUCCACGGAGCUUCCGGUUAUGGAAAUGCUAUGACCUCCAACGAUCAGAGUCGGUCUGCAACGGGAAUGGGAGCUUUGAGAAGCAACUUACUGCCUGGAAAUGAGGAGGAUGAAGAUAUGAACUGUUGCACCGACGACGUCUUCUCUUCAUUUCUGAACUCUCUGAUCAAUGAGGAUCCAUUUAAUGCCGCAGUAGGCCAGCACCAGUUGCAGCCAUUACAAGUAAUGCAACAGCCUAAUGGGAUUGCUCCACCUGCUGAUUCUUCUGCACCAGCUUUCGGUGGCUGGGAAUCUGCGGUGCUCAUGUCUUCCGCUUUCAUCCAGAAUGAUCCUCACAGGGUUAAUGCCAAUCAACCACAAUAGUGAUCGACCGCUAGCUACCUGCACAAAGCUGCAUAAUCAAAAAGCAGUUGCUUAAUCAAUUAGCUAGUUAUUGUAUGGAAAUGCUAGGGUUUAUUUGAAUCUCAUAUAGCAUUGCUUGUGUAUUUGUAAUUCGUAUCUGUUCAUCCACCAAUUGAUCAUUGUGAAUGAUCACUUUAUCAUCAAUCUUGUUCCAUUUACUAGUUCCUGUAAGAAAACAUAAGAUUUUGAUAUUUGUAUUGAUGUAGAUCGAUCGAUCGAGUGUGCUUAUAUAUGUGUGUGUGUUAAUUGAUUUGUCUUCGUAUAUAUCUUGCUUCAUAACUGU